AUGAAAAAUCUCUCAAUUCCCGACCACCUCGCCGCCGUCUGGGCCGGCGUCUUCCCACUAUCCGAUGCCACUGGACCUCCCCAGCAGUGGAUCGACCUUCACUCGAAAUCAGUCAUCUACAACGAUCACGCCUUCCGUGUCCAGCGCAAAGGGCACGCCGGCAUAGCGGAUCACGUCGGGAUGUGGAAACAUGCGAACCCCGACUUUGAAAUGCACGUUGAGCUUGUCUGGCCGGAGCUGAAGAAGGAUGAGAAAGUUCAUGUGACUUUUGCCUUUGUCGGUACCGGAACGUACGUGAACGACCUGACGAGCCAGUUCAAGGCCAGCGGGAAAACGUUCCGCUAUCGAGGAAGAUUGGACCUGACUAUAAACGAUGAUAAUGGGCUGAUUGAGGUUGUGGAUGAGUACUAUCCUCUCUGCUUUGACGCGGGGACCUCGGUCGAGGAGUAUCGGAAGCGCGAGAAAGACAAUUAG